AUGGAGAAAACCAAUGACUCCCCAGCAUCCCUUCACGUCGAAGAACAAUUCAGCGGCGAUGUCGAAAAGACGAACGACGGCCAAUGGCACACCAGCACCAAAGAAGCUCAAGCCGCCAACGCCGCCGAGCACUCCAUGACCGUGCGACAAGCCCUACGCGCCUACCCCUGGGCCGUGAUCUGGUCGCUCACCAUCUCGAUGUCCAUCAUCAUGGAAGGCUACGAUACGAAUCUGAUUGGCAAUUUCUACGCGUAUCCUGAGUUUAAGCGGCAAUUCGGGCGGGAGUACGCACAUGGGUACGAAGUCCCUGGCAAGUGGCAGUCUGCCCUCGGGGCGGGCGGGAACGCGGGUUGUAUUAUUGGAGCGUUUCUGAACGGAUACUUUAUUAAGCACUACGGGUUCAAGAGGGUGUUCAUGGGUGCUUGUCUCUGCAUGUGUGCGUUCAUCUUUGUCAGUUUCUUUGGGAAGAGCGUUGGGGCGCAGGUUGCUGGGCAGGUUCUUUGUGGUGAGUCUCAUCCAUCCCAGUCAUCAAUCUUCAGCAUACCCUGGGGAAUGUUCGCCACAAUCGGCCCCGCCUACUCCUCCGAGCUCCUGCCCAUGGCCCUACGCUCGUACCUAACGGCGUACACAAACAUGUGCUUCGCGAUCGGACAGUUCCUGUCAAUGGGCGUGCUCCAAAGCCUCCUCAACCGGCCGGACGAAUGGUCUUACCGCAUUCCCUUCGCCGUACAAUGGAUCUGGCCGGCGCCGUUAUUCGUCAUCGCGAUCUUCAUGCCCGAGUCGCCGUGGUGGCUGGUCCGGCACGGGCAAUACGGCGCCGCGGAGAAGACGGUACAAGGUCUUAUGGCGGAGAGCGAGAGUGAUAAUGCGCGAAAGGUCGUGGCCAUGAUGAUCCAUACCAAUGACAUCGAGGCAGAGAUCGAGGCGGGCAGCUCGUAUCUCGAUUGUCUUCGGGGCUCGAAUCUGCGCCGGACGGAGAUCGCCUGCGUUACGUUCGCCGGCCAGGUCCUUGCUGGUAGUCAGUUUGCGUACUCGGGGACGUACUUCUUCGAGCAGGCGGGGAUGAGCCCGGAUGAUGCGUACAAGCUUGCGCUUGGUGGGACGGCGAUUGCGUUCAUUGGGACGAUUCUUUCGUGGUUUUUGAUGAAGGGGUUUGGCCGCCGCUCGAUGUACCUCGGUGGUAUAGGGAUGAUGUGCGUUUACCUGUUCAUCAUUGGGAUCUUGGACCUGGUCCGGGACAGGAGUGGUGUGAAGUGGGCGCAGUCGUCGCUGUGCAUCAUCUGGUUGUUCACUUAUUCCCUCACUGUUGGACCGCUGGGAUGGUCCAUUGCACCGGAGGUCUCAUCGACCCGACUACGUUCGAAGACCAUUGUGCUGGGGAGGAGUACGUACUACGUCGCUAUCUUGGUGGCAAAUGUCAUUGAGCCGUAUUUCAUGAAUCCGACGGCCUGGAACUGGCGAGGGAAGACGGGCUUCUUUUGGUUUGGCAGUGGCUUUCUAGUCCUCAUCUGGGGCUUCUUCAGAUUGACCGAGACGAAGGGAAGGACGUUCGAGGAGCUGGACAUAAUGUUUGCGGCGAAGGUGCCGACUAGGAGGUUCAAGAGGUACCAUGUUGAUGCUUAUGCAGAGGAUUUGAGUAUCAAGGACCGGGCGAAGGAGAAGUAG